GUAAAGGCCACCUUUUCUAUUCCCCCUCUAAACCCUCUGGAAAAACAAACUAGGGUUUUUCAAUUAUCACGCAAAGCCUACAAGAGAAGCAAGCUUGCCGAGACACAAAGAUUCGCUCACUACUGUUAGCCGACAACAUUAAUAGAGAAGAACAGGAUUAAGCAAUUGCAGACUCAUCUCCGGUCAAAUAAUGCCGGAAAACGAAGGCGUUCGCUUCAUUUCCUCCUCUCUCAAAGUUCCUCUCUUCCCACUUCUCCACCACCACCAUCGCCACCACCACUCUAUUCCUCUCUUCUCUACUCUCCAAUUUCAUCCUCAAAUCCUAACUUCGACUCUCGCCAAAACCAAAGACUCAAUCAACCAUUUCGUCAAAUCAUUUCGUACUCGCAAGAGAAUCUACCCGUUUCACGCUAAUUCGUCGCUCUUGUGCACGGCGUCAUUGGCCUUGACUCGGUUCGAUGAGUCGACUCAGGGCGCAUUGGAGGGCGCGAUGACUCAGUCGAAGGGUGGGCACUCAGUGAAUCGGCACGAUGAAGAGAGGGUCUUGAUCAGCGAGGUCUUGGUGAGGAACAAGGAUGGGGAAGAGCUGGAGAGGAAGGACCUUGAGAAUGAGGCUGUUGCCUCACUGAAAGCGUGCCGGCCGAACUCUGCUCUCACAGUUCGAGAGGUUCAAGAAGACGUGCAUAGGAUUAUUGAUAGUGGGUACUUCUAUUCUUGUAUGCCUGUCGCAGUUGAUACUCGGGAUGGUAUUCGGUUGGUGUUUCAGGUAGAGCCAAAUCAAGAGUUCCAAGGGUUGGUAUGUGAAGGAGCUAAUGUUCUUCCUGUGAAGUUUGUAGAGGAUGCUUUUCGUGGUGGAUAUGGAAAAGUGGUAAACAUCAGGCGCCUGGAUGAAGUAAUAAACUCCAUUAAUGAUUGGUACAUGGAACGGGGUCUUUUUGGCUUGGUUUCAGAUAUCGAGAUUCUAUCUGGGGGUAUCAUUAGGUUACAAGUUGCAGAAGCUGAGGUGAACAAUAUCUCUAUCCGUUCCCUUGAUAGGAAGACUGGUGAGCCAACUGUAGGGAAGACAAGGCCUGAAACAAUACUUCGGCAACUUACCACCAAGAAGGGACAGGUCUACAGUAUGCUUCAAGGAAAAAGGGAUGUGGAGACUGUGUUAACAAUGGGCAUCAUGGAAGAUGUUAGUAUUGUUCCCCAACCUGCUGGAGAUACUGGUAAGGUUGAUUUGACAAUGAAUGUUGUUGAGCGUGUAAGCGGAGGCUUCUCUGCUGGUGGUGGAAUUUCUAGUGGGAUAACGAGCGGCCCUCUAUCGGGACUCAUUGGAAGCUUUGCAUAUUCUCAUAGGAAUGUUUUUGGGAGAAACCAAAAAUUUAAUGUUUCAUUAGAGAGAGGGCAAAUUGACUCAAUAUUUCGAAUAAACUACACAGACCCAUGGAUUGAAGGAGAUGAUAAGCGGACAUCAAGAUCUAUCAUGAUUCAGAAUUCAAGAACGCCUGGCACGCUUGUUCAUGGAAACCAACAUGGCAAUAGUAGCCUUACUAUUGGCCGGGUAACAGCUGGCAUUGAAUACAGUCGUCCAUUUAGGCCAAAGUGGAGUGGAACGGCUGGACUUAUUUUUCAGCAUGCGGGUGCUCGUGAUGAUAAAGGGGUUCCUAUUAUUAAGGAUUCUUACAACAGCCCCCUUACUGCAAGCGGCAAUAACCAUGACGAUAUGUUGCUUGCUAAAUUUGAGAGCGUAUAUACUGGUUCUGGUGAUCCUGGGUCUUCAAUGUUUGUAUUCAACAUGGAACAGGGGCUUCCUGUAUUGCCAGAUUGGUUAUUUUUCAACAGAGUGAAUGCUCGUUCAAGGAAGGGUUUCGAAGUAGGUCCUGCUCGUUUUCUUUUUAGUCUGUCUGGCGGUCAUGUGAUCGGUAAUUUCUCCCCCCAUGAGGCAUUUGCCAUCGGUGGGACAAAUAGCGUGAGAGGUUAUGAAGAAGGGGCGGUAGGCUCAGGGCGAUCUUAUGUGGUUGGCUGUGCAGAAAUGUCUUUCCCCCUGUUGGGCCCAGUGGAGGGGGUUAUGUUUGCUGACUAUGGAACUGAUCUUGGAUCUGGUCCGAAUGUUCCUGGUGAUCCUGCUGGGGCUAGGCUAAAGCCUGGAAGCGGACAUGGAUAUGGCAUUGGUAUGCGUGUGGAUUCUCCUUUGGGACCUUUGCGACUUGAAUAUGCCUUUAACGAUAAGCAAGCAGGGAGGUUUCACUUUGGUGUUGGUCACCGGAACUAAGGUCCUCUUUACAUUCUCCAUAUCAUGUUGAUGGCCAAGAGAAAUUUAUAACCAUAUAGAAAACAGAAGAUCAAUAUGGCAAGAUCAGCAUCCCCAUGCUUGCUAAAUGACAAGUGUUAUGCCAAUUCUUUUUCUGUUUUGGUAUUUACAAUUUUUUUUUUUUUUUUUUUUUUUUUUUUGGGAGUUUUUUUGGGGGGAGGAUGAUAUCUGCAGCUUUAUGUGGUUGGUCUUACAUGCUCUGUGAAUUUUUAUUUAUUUUUAUUUUUUUUGUCAUUUCAGUUUUUAAGGACCCGAGGGUUAAUCUUGUAAGCAGACACCAUUUAUUUAGGUAAGGAAAAUCAUGUAGUGUCGGAAA